UGAUUCCACAGGCCUCCAGCACCCCCAGGAUGAGCGCAGAAGGCGGCAGCAGGCCCCUCAAGGUGGGCUCCCGCGUGGAGGUCAUCGGGAAGGGGCACCGCGGCACCGUGGCCUACGUGGGGGCCACCCUGUUCGCCACCGGCAAGUGGGUCGGGGUCAUCCUGGACGAGCCCAGGGGCAAGAACGACGGCACGGUGCAGGGCAGGAAGUACUUCACGUGUGAGGAGAACCACGGCAUCUUCGUGCGCCAGUCACAGAUCCAAGUGUUUGAGGAUGGAGCCGACACAACGUCCCCAGAAACCCCGGAAUCUGCUGCUAUGAAGGUCCCCAAGAGAGAUUCCGUGGAUGCCGCCAAGACCAGCAAACUGCGCGGAGCGAAGCCCAAAAAGGUGCUGUCCGACCCCCGUGGGGCCGCAUGCCGGGGCCAUCGCCAUCCUCACCUGCCAUCCCGGCCAUCCCAGCCCCGCAUGGCUGCUCCCUGCAUGCGCCCCCGCCCCUCAUGGCAUCAUGGAAUGGGUGGGUGGGAAAGGCCCCCGACACCCCCGAGUUCCUCCAGCGCUGACU